UGGAGGAGGUCCCUUUAUCUGCUGUGAGUGUGACGAACAAGGCUCAAACUGGGCCUACCAGUGUCUUGAAUGUGGUUAUGAGGUGCACCCCAAGUGUGUACGAGCUCGUUCAUCUUAAAUGUCUUUGAUUGUCUUGGAUAGGGGAUGCGGUGAUGAAAGGAUGCUCCAGCUUCAGUCUUGUACAUGUCGUGGUGCUUUCACAGCAAAAUCAUUUCGCCCCUCACCCGCUCUCUUCUCCACUAGGGAUCGGAAUCAUAAGUUUCCUCUCAGUGUUUCGAGAACAAUUAGAGGCUGUUGCGGCUUUGACGGAGACUUAGACUCCGAUGGAGAGCAAGAAACGGUCUUCUCUAAGAGGACAAAUUACGCGGGCGUCCAGUUGGAGGAGACUGUUGAUGCCAUUUCAGGAAAAAUCAGGCUCGAUUCUUGGAUCUCUUCCCGCAUCAGCGGCAUAACCAGGGCUCGUGUGCAGUCAAGUAUUAGAGCGGGGCUUGUUCUUGUCAACGGCCGUGUUGUUGAUAAGGCUUCUUUCAAUGUCAAGGUUGGGGAUAAGAUCAAUUGCACGAUUUCAGAGUUACAACAGUUGAGAGCUCAGCCAGAACAUAUGCAGCUAGAUAUUGUUUAUGAAGAUGAGCAUGUACUAGUAAUUAAUAAACCUGCGCACGUGGUUGUGCAUCCAGCACCUGGAAAUACAUCUGGUACUCUUGUUAAUGGCAUUCUUCACCAUUGCAGUCUUCCGAAUGCUGAGAUUUCUGACAAGGAAGUUCUUUCAGAGACUGAAGAUUUUGAUGAUGAUUUUGAUAGCUUCUCUAUUCGUCCAAACUCCAGUGAAGAGUUACAAACAUAUUCUUACAUGUGUGGAGCAUCAGUCCGCCCAGGGAUUGUGCAUAGGCUGGACAAAGGCACUAGUGGAUUGCUUGUUGUAGCAAAGGAUGAACAUUCCCACAUCCAUUUAUCAGAACAAUUCAAGUUACGUACUAUCAAGAGGGUGUAUGUCAGUCUUACUGUUGGGGUUCCCUAUCCAACCGCUGGACGUGUUGAGGUUCCAGUUGGUCGUGACCCUAAUAACCGGAUUCGGAUGACUGCUGUAGCUGGAUCAGUUAAUGCUAGAAAAGCCCGUUAUGCUGCUAGUAGGUACAAAGUAAUUGAGAUACUUGCUAACGGUGCUUGUGCAUUGCUUGAAUGGAAGCUAGAAACCGGGCGUACUCAUCAGAUACGUGCACACUCCAAGUAUCUAGGAGUUCCUCUGCUGGGUGAUGAGGUGUAUGGAGGGACGAAGAGCAUGGCCUUAUCACUCCUACUGCCCAGAAUACCGACAAGCUUGCGUGGCAAAAUUGUACAAAUGGUUUCUAGGCUAGAUAGGCCUUGCCUUCAUGCUUUGACCCUCGGGUUUCGGCAUCCUCAUACGGGAGAGCAGUUACACUUUUCAUGCCAGCCUCCCGCAGACUUCGAUGAAAUUUUGAGCCAGCUUCGGAAUAUUGGACGACCUUGAAUUUCAUGACGUUCAAUUUCAGCAUUCGAGUUUUGCCGCUUCAUCAUUGUCUUCUUGCUAACUAUACCUCUUUCAUUCCUGUUAAUCACUGCCAAACAGGAAAAUAAGCAUUGAGGAAACGUUUGAGUUGAAAAAGGACAGGAAUUCACGGAGAAUAGUUUAGCCGAAAAAAAACUUUAGUUUUUAUUCUUUUAAUAUUUUAUUACAUAAUUUCUAUAAGGUUUAUAUGUUAAAACGGUGAGUUUAUUUGCUUUGAAACCUCUUAUCAUGGUAACUUGUGUGAUUCAUCCUGUUUGUAAAAAGUGACGUUACUACUGCAAGUAUCUCUAAAUAAAUUUAUAAUUUAUAAUGCCAUAGAAUUUGGCAUGUUAGAAA